GCAACGAGAACUUGAUUGGACCAGAGGUCAGCGCCUUCAGUCGCCGCCUCAACAGCGGUGUGUGAACGCAGAGGCAGCGACAAUAAAGCGAGAGGAGGACAAACCAACUUUUCGUAUGGUACGUUUUUUUUUUUUUUUUUUUUUUCCUAGCGGAAGUGGGUACAGAGAGAUUCUUCCUCUCAACUGAGUUCUCCUCCCGUGUGUGUUCAUAAAGACCCGCCCGAAUCAGAAAGGACGGGCUGCGGAAGGGUCAGAGAAGAAGCUUUUUUUUCUUUCUUUUUUUUUUCUUCCCCCAGAGGGAAGGGAAAGCUGCUCAGUGGACUCACUCACACGUCUUAAAAAGCCUUCGUUGGCAUUGUGUCUUCGGUCUGUCUCAUCCGUCUCACCAUGGACGGCCCGCUGAGCGGGGCCAGUGAAGGGGCCGGUGCCCUGCAGACUUCAUCACGUCACAGAUGCCCCUUGCUGUCUUUAUCCCUGUAUGAAUGACUGUUUUGGAAAACAAUAAAGCCCCCGAAAUUCCUCUUUGAUUGAACAAAAGGAGCCAUGCAUCCGCUGGUGUCCCUCAGUGUCUUCGGACUGCUGCUGCCCGCGGCCUUGAUGCGUGUGGAGGACUCGGCCUUGGACUGUAUCCCACGCAGAUCUGUGCCCAGUAACGGCAACAACGCCCUUCUGUUUCAGGAGGAAGGCGUGUUCAACUACUCCACCAUGCUGCUAAGAGAAGACCUGGACCUGUUGGUGGUGGGUGCCAGAGAGGCCGUGUUCGCUCUUGAUCUCAGAAACAUCUCCAGGAAAAUUACUUCAGUUGAAUGGAAAGUUCCUCCACAGCAAGUGGAGGCGUGUGGAAGUAAAGGAAAGGAUGCAAAGACAGAGUGCAAGAACUAUAUCAGAGUAAUCCAUGAGAUGACGGAUGGGAAGAUGUAUGUGUGUGGAACCAAUGCUUUCGAUCCAGCAUGUAAGAAUAUGUCUUACGUAGACGGGAACUUGACAUUUACGGAACCCGCAGAAGACGGCAAAGGAAAGUGUCCAUUUGAUCCGUCCCAAAGACAUGCCUCCAUUAUGAUAAAGAAUGACCUCUACUCAGCCACUUCCGUAAACUUCCUUGGCUCUGAGUCGGUCCUGAUGCUCAGCCCGUCUGUCAACCCCCAGUCCGGCCCCAUACGCACGGAGAUCAAAACCUCCUGGCUUUACGAUCCCACCUUUGUUUCCAUGGCGUCGAUGCCAGACAGCGAGAAGGACGGCGACGAUGACAAGGUCUACAUCUUCUUCAGCGAGACGGCUGUAGAGUUCGACUGCUACAGCAAACUGGGAGUGUCCCGCGUGGCCAGCGUGUGUAAGGGAGAUCAAGGAGGCCUGAGGACGUUGCAGAAGCGAUGGACAUCCUUCCUUAAAGCCAGGUUGGAGUGUCCAGUCCCAGGCUCUAAGUUGCCUUACAUUAUCCAGGACUCGUACCGCUGGUGCGAUCCCUCUCUGCACUGGAAGGAGUGCAUUUUUUACGCCACCUUCACCCCGCAGUCACUCACGUCCGAGAUAUCUGCGGUGUGUGCGUACCGCAUGUCUGACAUCAGUAAACAGUUUUCAGAGGGCAAGUACAAGACCCAGGCCUCCGUAGAAGGUUUAUACGUAAAGUGGGUGACGUUCAGCGGAGAGGUCCCCAAGCCUCGGCCUGGAACUUGCAUAAACAAAGAGGCUACUAACUCAGAAAUAAAAACGACCCUGGACCUCCCGGACAAGACCCUUCAGUUCAUCCGAGACAAGCCACUCAUGGACCAGGCUAUUGAGCCGAUGGAGGGCAAACCACUGCUGAUGCAUAAGGGAGCUGCAUUCACACAGAUCAUAGUGAAGCAAGUGCAAGCUUUGGAUGGUGAAAAGUACAACGUCAUGUUUAUAGGCACAGAUCAAGGCAAGUUGCUGAAGGCUUUGCACAACAAAGACAUGUUCAUCAUAGAAGAAGUCCAACUCUUCACCCCUCCUCAGAAAAUCAAGAUUCUCAAGUUUUCCAAUAAUACGGGUCAGAUUUAUGUCGGCUCAGACGUCGGCGUAGCUCAAAUAUCGCCUGCUAACUGUGAGAGGUCCUCCACCUGUUUCGACUGUGUUUUAUCCAGAGAUCCGUACUGUGGAUGGGACAAAGACGAGGGAAAAUGUGUUUCUGUUUCCAGUUCACAGAGUGUGCUAAUCCAAGAUAUGAAAGGAAAUGCUCGUCUCUGCCCCGAUGCUGCGCCUGUUGUUGAGCCUCGAAAAAUCAGGCCUGGAGGAACACUUAAGCUCAUGUGUCCUUCAACUUCCAACCUGGCAAAACUCAUCUGGAUGCGGAAUGGCACGCCUCUCCCACAUUCACCUGAGGAUGGACUGCUCGUUCUGAACGACUUGGAUAAUAAUAAUAAUACCGCCGGUAAAUACAGCUGCUUGUCUGUGGAGAAAUCCAAAGCUGGCGAGUACAAGACCGUUGUAGUCAAUUACGAGGUCAGCAGAAGCCUCGAAAACACUCGCAGGGACAUCACUCAGGCUCAGAGCGGCGGUCAGUCUCGCUCUGGACUGAUAGUUGCAGUCGUCCUCCUUGUUGUUUCCCUCGUUCUCCUUUUGACCUGGAAAGUUGUCAAGCGCCACAUUAACCUGCCUUGUGAUCGCACGAAAACGAAAGAAGAACCCCAGCAGACUCGUGACCUGGAGGCCAGGGACGCCCGUGUGCCUUUGGCGGCUGAAACGCCGAACAAUCACACCAAUGCGCCAUGUCAGUCAGACGGGACUAACCCGCCAGGAGUAAACUUUUCGUCUAUGCACCUCCCUGUUGAUGAGUCAACUAUUUGAAAAUGGCUGUUCUACUACAAAAGUAGAAGAAAAAAAAAAACUAAGAAAAUGUAGUGUAUAUUUCUUUUGUUGAAAAUUGUGUCACCUUGAAUAACAGUGUUAAAGGACUAAUUUUGAUUUUUUUUAAUUUUUUUUAUUAUGAUGAGGUCAAAGAUGGCACGUUUCUUCAAGGUUUUCUUUUUUAUAAGCUUCACUGUUUAGAAAAAGGUGGAAAAGAGCCAGAGGUUUACACACCUAGUGUAACGUACAAUUCGAUCUUCUAAACUUUUUUUUUAAAGUAGCAUUUAUCUUUUUUUUUUUUUUCGUUUGGGCAAACGUCUUUGCUGGUGAAGGUCUGUGGAGCCAAACAUUCAACUUUUACUUCCUGAUGCUGCCCAUUUUAGAUUUUUUGGUGGCUUCCUGUUUUUUUUGUUUGUUUGUUUGUUUUGUUUUGUCUUUUUUUUAUUGUUUAUUUUAGGUUGUUAGUAUAGUAUAAAAUGGGUUUUAGUCUAUCAGUUUUACUGACUAAAACCAGUUACCCAGCUGAAGUUUUCUUUUUAUACUUUGAAAACAAUACACAAGUAUAUAAAUCUUGCUACAAAAGUUGAUAAAAGCGUUUCUGCUUCUGCUCCGGGCCUUGUAAAAUCAGCGUAUCUUCUACCCAUAACUCAUAGCACAACUAUGUGUACCAGAGGGCAAAUAGCUGCUGCAUGCUAAUGUGUAAUCAAUUUUACUGUGAGCAUCGGUUUGGAUUGAUGGAUGGAUGUGGGCAUCCCACAACUUUAGUUGUUGUUCAUGUGUUUGUAAGCAGUAGCACUAAAAAAAAA